AUAGAGACCCAAUUCACCCAGGUCUUCUGUAAACGAAUUUCUAUUUGGGAAAUGAAACAUUAAAUAAUUUAUAUCAAAUAUCAUACUGCUUUACUAUCUCAUAUUGAUAGCUCACGCCCUCGGCCCCUCAACAUGAGCAACAAAUUACAAGGCAAAGUAGCCAUAGUCACCGGCGGCGCAAGCGGCAUCGGGGAGGCCACGGCACGCCUCUUCGCCGAGCAUGGAGCAUCCAUGGUGAUUAUUGUUGACAUCCAAGACGAUCUCGGCUGUAGAUUAGCCGAGUCCGUUGGCCACUACAGAUGCAGCUACGUGCACUGUGACGUGGCCGAUGAAGAGCAAGUGAAGUCCAUGGUGGAGGCAACAGUUGAAAAAUUCGGACACGUCGACAUCAUGUUCAGCAACGCCGGGAUAAUGAGCAGCCAAGAGCAGACCGUCCUUGACCUUGACUUUCCCUCCUUUGACCGUUUGUUCAACGUGAACGUGCGCGGCAUGGCGUCGUGCGUGAAACACGCGGCCCGUGCGAUGGUGGAGGGGCGCGUGAGGGGAAGCAUAGUGUGCACGGCGAGCGUGGGAGCGAGCCACGGGAUGGGGAAGAGCACUGACUACUGCAUGUCGAAGCAUGCCGUGUUGGGGCUGAUGAGGUCGGCGAGCGUGCAGUUGGGGGUGCAUGGGAUUAGGGUGAACUGCGUCUCACCGAAUGGGAUGGCGACGCCGCUGACGUGUAAGGCGAGUGGGAUGGAGAUGGCGGAGCUUCAGAAGGCGUAUGAGAAGUUCGCGCGGUUGAGAGGGGUGGUGCUCAAGGCGGAGCACGUGGCCAAGGCGGUGCUGUUUCUUGCGAGUGAUGAUUCUGAGUUUGUGACUGGACAUGAUUUGGUUGUUGAUGGGUCCUUUGUUCCCCCAUGAAGCCCAACUAUGUUUCUUUAUAAGCCCAACUGGUUCCUUUGUGUUGAUGUGGUGAAGAGGGCCCAAUAAUAAGCCCACAGAUUUGUUUCAACUUUUCUUCAACAUCA